GCCGACCGACCGACCGACCGUACGACCGCAUCCGACGACUGGAGCGUUCGGUCGUUUCUCUUUUUUCCUCUCUCUGACUCUCUCUCUCACUCUCUCUCUCUUCCCAAUCGCGCACCACCGUGGCGAUCAUCGCUGACACCCGCGCGGCUGCACUCGGCGCACUUCGCGGAGAGGCACUCACGAGAUACUCGACGGCGACGGGACGGGGCCCCGCCGCGCGGCACACGGGACGUUUCGCGGGACAAUGCCGCGGGAGUAGCGCGGCGGUGUUUCUCCAUAACCUAGAGUCGUAAAUCGUGCGGAGAUAUGCCGCCGACGAAGAAGGGGGACCUGGAUAAGUUAGCGUGGGCAUGGGUAGAAUCCGUCGGUCCAGACGAGAUUGAGAAAACACAUUUAGAAUCUGCAUAUAGGAUUGGAUUAAAGAGCUGCAAAAACUGCAAACGUAAUUGCACCUAUAAUCCCCAAUGUCUGACAGGUUUAGGAGAAGAAAAGUUUAUGAAGUCCCAGCCGGCCGAGGUGGUGACGUUAGAAAGUUCCUUGUCCGAGUUACGCGAUCCGACACAGUAUGUUGGCUUAAAGAAUCUAGGUGCUACUUGCUACGUCAAUAGCUUAAUCCAAAUGUGGUUUCACAACGAAGACAUGAGGAGAAUAAUAUACAAAUGGGAUAUUACGGAAGAUCCGGAGGAGAAGGAGGCGUUGUACCAGUCUAAGAAAGCGGGAAUACCCUACCAUCCGGUAACCGCGGUCGGCCAAUUGCAGUACAUUUUCGCAAUGAUGCACUUCGGCAAUCGGAGCCUCCUCGACCCGAUCAAUCUCGCUAUCGCGUUAUCCCUGGAUACCAGAACGCAACAAGACGCACAGGAAUUCUCCAAGCUGCUAUUGUGCCAUAUCGAAGGAAAGCUACAGCAAAACUCAGAGCUGAAGCCGAUGCUGCAGAAGCUGACUCAGGGAAAAUACAGCUAUAUCAAUCGUUGCUCCACGUGCAGCACCGAGUAUCCGACGUCCACCACAUUCUACGAGUUGGAUCUGCAGCUGGCGGCGACUCUGAAAGAGGCGAUCGACAAUUAUUUGUCGGAGGAACAGCUGACGGGGGCGAACCAAUACCACUGUGUUACUUGUAACGAUAAGAAGGACGCCAGGCGAUUUAUACGACUGGAGUCCCUACCGGAGACUUUGAAUAUUCAGUUAAUGCGCUUUGUAUUCCACAGAGAUUCCGGGCAGAAGAAAAAAUUGAAUUCGUAUAUACAGUUUCCCGAAGACCUCGAUAUGUCGGAAUAUGUUGGGUGUCAGCCUCAAACUCAUCUGUACAGUCUGGUCGCUGUAUUAAGCCACAAAGGUCCAUCUGCACAUUCUGGGCAUUAUAUCGCGAAUAUAUGUAAUUCAAGCGGGGAGUGGUAUCAAUUUAGCGACGAUAAAGUUGAAAAAAUGCAGAAUAAACGAAUCGAGGAUGGUGUAAAUGAUAAAUCAAUGAAACGUGGACGUGUUCCAAAAGGAUUCCUGUCAUCCAACACGGCUUAUAUGUUGGUUUAUAAAAAGUUAACUGCAGAUUGGCGAACAAAUGGCACGAAGAAAGUGAAAUUGAAGAAACUUGAUACAGAGGUGAAUGUUCCCAGUGAUACCGUUUCUUCCGAGAAGCUUAUAGUUAAAGAAAAAUCGGAUGAAACUUCGGACGAAACGAAACAGAAACCUGAUAUUGAAGACGCACCAUCAAUUCAAGAAGAAAAUCCUGAAACGAUACCAAAAUCGGAUUCGGAGAAUGUAAUAGAAACAGAUGAAGAUGCGAUAUCCAAAAAGACUGAUAUACCUACCACGGAUAAGAGUGAAACUGAAAAGACUGUCGCUAGCACAAAUGGAUGUAAAGACACACACGAUUCUACCUUGGAACAAUUACAGAAUAAAGUUCACUGUCUGAAACAGCCAGUGGUGAAAGUCGUUAAACUUGAUUACAAACGACUGAAUGGCGAUGCGCACCGAGCUAUGAGUUGCGGAGAACGUGAUUUUUACGAAGAGAUGGAAUUUGAGAAUUGGCAAGUAAGUAGCACGAUGCGUGAACUUGUUAGACAAGAGAAUGUUAAACAUGAAUUGAGCUUGUUAGCCGCACAACAAGAAAAACAAAAAGAAAUUGAGGAUCAGAAUUCCAAACGGCAGCUCAUAAUAGAUGUAUAUAAUAUAAUUCAGUCAACAGUAUCUUGGGAUAAUUAUUAUUGGAUACCAACCGAUUGGCUGUCGAAAUGGUUGAACGGACAUUCCUCUGCAGUCGACGUUCGUCCGAUCGACAAUUCCAAUUUAAUGUGCUCGCACUAUCGACUCGAUCCACUGAAAGUUAGCCGUAUGAAAUGCGUGCCGGAAGCAGCAGCCCAAAUGCUUUACGACAAAUAUCAAGGAGGUCCACGAUUAGAUCAGACAUUUUUGUGCGAAGUUUGCGUGAAACGACGCUGCAAAUUACUGCGUUUUAAACUAGCGCUCGAACGAGAUCACAAAGAAGUCGGGGAGUUAAUUCGCACGUUUAAAGAAUCUCCCGAGACGAGCUAUAUAAUCGGUACCGAUUCACUGCGAUCGUGGCGAAGAUUAGCUAUGGAAACGUUCCAAGAGGAUGUAGAACAAAAGGUAGACGAUUGUCAGGAUACUCUGCAGGAGGAGAGCAAGUGUACGGACAAAGACGGCAGCGAUUGCCCGAAGGAAGUCGAGGAGAACAAGGAGAAUGAGGCUAUCAUAAACUUCAAUGAAGACUUGCUGUGCGAACACAAGUCUCUCAAAACGGCAGACUCCAGUAGAAAAGUGAUACCUCAAGAGGCAUGGACGAUUCUCAAAAAAUAUUUUCCAGACUCGAAGGAAUAUCCCGUUGGGUCGCCAUCCUGUUCAAUCUGCGAGGAGAGGAUGGAAAAUGCCCAAAGAGCGAAGAAAGACGACAAGAUAAAGGCGAAGCAGCAGAAAGACGAGCUCACCGACUUGUACUACGGGAGGAAUAGGAAUGAAAUCUCCAAGUGCGACGAUCCCGAGAAAUCCUUCUACAUCGUUGAGAAGAGCUUCCUGGACGGCUGGCGUUCCUUCAUUCGAUACGCAGAGAUCUAUUCGAGAACGCCACCGGCAAGCAUCCAGAACGCGUCGCUCCUUUGCGAGGAGCAUAAAGGAUUCCUGCAUACGCCCAGAAUUAACAACGAACUAUACAGUAUAGUAACUGCGGAAGAAUGGUCGAAGCUCAUGCAAUUCUACGAGGCCGACUAUCCUAUUAUCAUAAAGAAGAUUGCGGAUGACUAUCAGACGAAUCCCGGUCCGUGCGCAGCCUGCAUGUUAGCAAAGAUCGAACAGGAACGUCUAGAAAGCUUGAAAUACGAAAGAGCGACAAUCUACGUCAAAUGUAUCGACGAAAACGAAGAAUCUAAGACGGACAACGAUUACGAGGUAGCGGUAAAAAGGCCGAAGAUGGGGAAGGCACGUCCAUCACGAAGUAGAAGAAAAUUAAAAGGAUCUCACGAACUCAAAGUGUCUUCUGAGAUUACUUUGAAAGAACUCAAAGUAAUGACGAUGCAGAUUUGUGGAGCUGGACCGUACGACCAGCAUAUAAUGUUAGGAGAACACGAACUCAUCGACGAUAAUCUGAGCUUGGCGGCACUCGGAAUAUUUCCUGGAGCUUUACUUACGUUAAAGAUUGACGCCCCGUUAGAAAAUGAGACCGACGUCGAGUCCGAUGCGCAUAAUUUCGAUUCUUUAUCGCCGGAGAAGGGCUUCAAGGGAACGGAACUGGUGCCGAGCUGAUCUGUAUGAACAUAAUGUAGCAAAUUUCCUUUAACGUUUAAUAAUAGCCGAUUUAAUGCAAGAUAUUUUUAUACACAAUCUAUACAUUAAUGUAUAUACAUAUAUCUCUCAUACAUACAUAUUAAAUAUAUAAAUAUUUGAUCCUUAUAUACACGCAUCCGUUACCGACAAGUUGUGGAAAAGAGUAUUCUAUGCUGUUGUGUCUUUACAACUUACUGCUGUAUGAUCUAUUUGUUAAGAAAAGUAGUAACGAUCAGAUUUGUAAGGGAAAGAUACUGAAGGUAGUGGAGACAAAGAUCGUAAAAGGCUUGUUGAUUUAUACAUUAGUACAAUAACUUUGUAAUUCAUUAAAUUUCUGUGCGAUUGAAGAAAUAAAGUAGAAACGUGGACAUGCUUCCUCUUUCCUCGAUUUAUAUAUGUUUGUUUAUGAUCGAAAUUGUCCAUGUAUCCAUCCCGAAUGUACAUUAACGCGAAAAUUUUAAUGAUAGUUUUAUAUAGAUCAUGUAUUUAAUUCGUUUGUAUAAAUAUAUGGCUUGAUAAUA